CUCGCGCCAGUCCGCCCGCGACCGCCGACUUCGUCGCUCCGCUCCGCUCGCCGCUCCGCGAACUUCCGCACGCACUGCACGAUGCCGCACCACGGCGACGACGGCGAGGGCGGGGCUUGGCGACGAGCGCGUGCGCUUUCGCGGCCGCUGCUGGGCGAGCUGCUGGGCACGGCGCUGCUCGUGCUGCUGGGCGUGGCGUCGCUGCUGCCGGUGGCGGGCCCGCGGCCGCUCACGCACCCCGCGCUGGCCUUCGGCUUCCUCGUCACGGCGCUGGUGCAGGCGCUGGGCCCCGUCAGCGGCGCGCACUUGAACCCCGCCGUGACGCUGGCCGCGCUGCUGCACGGCCAGCUGCCCGCCCUGCCGGCGCUGGCCUACGUGCUAGCGCAGCUGCUGGGCGGCACGCUGGGCUUCGGCGUGCUGGUGGGCGUGCUGCCGCCGCACGCGCUGCUGGACCUGGACGACGCCGGCGUCGUGCGGGGCGUGCACGGCUGCACGGCGCCCGCGCCGCACGUGUCGGCGCUGGCCGCCUUGCUGACCGAGGCGCUGCUGACGGGGCUGCUGGCGCUGGUGGCCUGCGCCGUGUGGGCGGGCCACGACCCCGCGCGCCCCGACCACUCCGCGCCGGUCAAGCUCGGCCUCACCGUGGCCGGCCUCGUCUACGCCGGCGGGCCGAUUUCGGGCGCGAGCCUCAACCCCGCGCGCAGCCUGGGCCCGGCGCUGUGGCUCGGCUCCUGGACCGGCCACUGGGUGUACUGGGCGGGCCCGCUGGGCGGCGCGGCGCUGGCGGCGCUGCUGCACCGCUGGGUGCUGCUGCCGCGCCGCGCGCCCCCGCGCCCCGCGGAGGCGCUGCCGCUGCGCGACAAGCCGGACCUCUGACCGCCUCUGCCUGCCGCCGCUCGAUCCCGCUCGAUGAAGCGGUCGCUUUCAUCGAACACGACCUCCUCGUUGCAUUUUUGUACCGACUUCGAUAUCACCUAUCGAAGGUUCGUUCACUCGUUAGGUACCGGUUAAGGGACACC